UAAAAUUGGAACUUUAUCGCGCAAAACUAACUUGCAGAGGGAAGGGAUCAUCCAUCCUACCUCCGAUUCACUGCGUUCCGCCUUUAUCCCCAAAAAUCUCUGUUCUUUGUCUUGCAACAUUUAACAUUUCUCUCCACAAAAUCUUCUAACCCUCCCCUGUUUUGCAGUUUCAUGCUUCUAAUUAUCGGUUGUUUUUUGUAAUUUUUUAUUGAUUUACAUCUAACAUUUGUUCUUCCGAGUUUCUUUUUGUUUGUUUUGGGAAUUGAAGUAAGCGAAGAAGAACAGUCGAAGCCUGAUGGGAAGUCACAAGUCAAAAUCCUCCAAAAGGAAAAGCUCUGAGAUUCUUCGAAGUAAGAAGAGUAGAAAAUCGAAGAAGAAACCCUCACGUCGCCACCGUUCCAUUUCAUCCUGCUCAGAUGAUGAUUCUGUAAGUUCAAUAUCUUCCUACUCUUCCAGUUCGGAAGAGGACUAUAGAAGUAGGAAAGGUGGUCGUUCACGCUCACGAGCUGAUGUGAAAAGUAAAAAGAAACGGUCGGAGAGGAGGGUAUCAUCAAACCGGGAGAGCAAAGAGGAUUCCGCCCCUUCGAGGAAAAAGAAAAGGUCGAAAAGAAAACGUAACACUGAACAUAAGGAGAAGCAUCAAAAGAAGAGAAGGAGAGAUUUAAGUAUCAGUUCUGCUACUAGUGAUUCUUUGAGCUGCUCAAGUUGUGAAAGUGAGCCCAGUGAAAGUGAGGAGGUUGAGCUUGAAAGCAGGUCUAGGAAUAAGAUAAGAGAUAAAAUAAAUCCAGAUAAACAUAAAAUUGAAGCUAAGGAAAGUAGAACCAAGUCAGCCAUUUCUCUUUCAGCUGAGGACCAGUCCGACUUCAACAGUGUUUUUCAAAAGGGGGAGGAACAUGUGAGCUUGAAUCAUGGUAGGCGCCUAAAAUCUGUCAUUACCGUUGUAGAACACCCACAGCAGGAGGAAAAUGAGGAGAACAAUCUAUCUCAAAAUAAUGAAGCAGAAGAUAAGUUAGAAUGCCGUUCUGGUAUUGUAUCUGAUAAGAGCAGCUUGGUAAAGAAGAUGAUGGUUAAGGAAGAUUGUGUCAUCAAUGAUGUAAUAAGUGGACAUAGAUCAAGUGGGAAGAGAGUUUCUAAUCUCUCUAUAAAUCAGGAUGAGAUGAAGAGCCUAGAAGGAGAAUCUGAGAAAGAAGGGAGAGUGAUUGACAGUGUGGUCUCUGUUAAUGCAACUUCUUCAGGCAGUAAUGACCUUGAGCUGAUUUUGAGGCAGAAGGCCUUGGAGAAUCUGAGGAAAUUCCGAGGAAAGGUUCAAGCAGAAUCACCAGUUACUGUUUGUCAGAAAGUAAAUCAAUUGUCCCUUUCAAAGCCUGUAAAGCUUGGCAAUAUGUUAGCUGAGCAGGAAGGUUCUAAGGAUGUAAAAGUAAUUUCAGUUGCCGGACAGAACAGCAAGAGUGGAUCUAGUAAAGAAAUAUUGCAUCCCAAAAUUGUUGAAAGAGAGAAUGUGACAGAUAAAUAUAAGAAACUUGAACCUGAAGUCACUAAACCGAGUCAUAUCCAAAAGUGUGAUGACUAUGCACUGUCUAAGAACAUUAGUAGAGACGAUCACAGUAAAGCAUUUGCUUCCCAUGAUGAAUCUAAAACUGAUGUAGCAGAAAUUCACUCAACAAUGGAAAGAGCAUUUUCCCAUAAAAAUCCAUCGGAUGGCAACGACAGUGCAAGUCAUACUCUUCCUGAGAUAAAUAAUGCCACAAGUUCUGCUAUGGUUGGACCUACUUCUGGCAUUAGAACAUUGGAAGAGCAUAGUUCUAAGGACCUUGCUGAGGUCAAGGAUGGCGGACAGUUUCAGCAAAAGACAAUGUCUGUCAUGAGGAGUGGUGAAGUGGUACAGGUAUACAAUGUUCUAUCUAUUUCUGAUUCAUCGUUUUCAAAGUUUAGGUCAUGUUUGGACUCGAAUGCUAUCUCUGUUUGACCUAUUUACUAGGUGAAGUACAAGGUGUACAUCCCUAAAAGAGCUCCUGCAUUGGCUAGGAGGCAACUCAAUCGGUGAUUCAUGGAUUUGUGCAACUUAGAAGAUAUACUUAAUGAAUGGGCACCAAAUGGUUGCAUCGAUCAGGGGGUUUAUGUUUUCUGGGUGCAUCCUACUAAAUUUAGACUAUUUAGGCAUUUCAAAUCGAUAUUAAUGGGUUACUUAGAAACUUACACAUUUUGAAGUGCGACCUACGCAUAUGUUUUACAUGUUCUUCUCAUUUCUGACCAACACUAAGAAAAUUGGAAUCUUCAUCUCUCCAAUGAGAAUUUGCUUUGUUUGCUUAUACAUUGUUAUUUUAAACUCCC